CCAGGGGAAAAGUCCCCAGUCCAGGUCCACACUGCCCAUGCUUGCACUGAGCUCAGAGAUGUUUCCGUAUCUUCGCAGUCCUUUCAGCUCCGUUUCGUUCCCGUAUUAACCGCGGGCAAUAGGCCAAGUGCUAGGCAGGCGCUGGUUCGGGGCGGCGAAGGAGGAAGCUGGACAGAGCUGGAAGAGGACAGGCAGCGCACGGUGCACCUGGAUGCGGUGCCCUGCGCGGGCGGGGCGUCCACGUUCCGAACCGUGAGGACGCACCGCGGGCCCCGAAGCCCCUCCAGCCGGGAAAGUUAGGGCAGAAACCCCGAUCCGGCUCGACUUCCUGCCCGGGAGGCUCCGCGGCCGCGGGCGCUGGACCCGCGCCAGGGAGGCGUCGCUCCCGCCGCGUCGGAGCCGCUUCCUGAGCGCGGGCUGUGCGGGCGCCGGGACGGCGCACCUGGGCUGGCCUGGGCGACAUGGAGGACGGCGUGCUCAAAGAGGGCUUCCUCGUGAAGCGGGGUCACAUCGUCCACAACUGGAAGGCUCGAUGGUUCAUCCUUCGGCAGAACACGCUGCUGUACUACAAGCUGGAGGGGGGUCGGAGAGUGACCCCUCCCAAGGGCCGGAUCCUCCUGGACGGCUGCACCAUCACCUGCCCCUGCCUGGACUAUGAGAACCGCCCUCUCCUCAUUAAGCUGAAGACUCAGACGUCCACGGAGUACUUCCUGGAAGCGUGUUCUCGAGAGGAGAGGGACGCCUGGGCCUUUGAGAUAACGGGGGCUAUUCACGCAGGGCAGCCGGGGAAGGUGCAGCAACUGCACAUACUGAAAAACUCGUUCAAGCUGCCGCCUCACAUCAGCCUGCAUCACAUCGUGGACAAGAUGCGUGACAGCAGCAAUGGGAUCCGGUCAAGCCCCAACAUGGAGCAAGGAAGCACCUACAAAAAGACCUUUCUAGGCUCCUCCUUGGUGGACUGGCUCAUCUCCAGCAGCUUCGCCGCCAACCGUCUGGAGGCCGUGACCUUGGCCUCCAUGCUCAUGGAGGAGAACUUCCUCAGGCCAGUAGGUGUCCGGAGCACGGGAGCCAUUCGCUCCGGGGAUCUGGCGGACCAGUUUCUGGAUGAUUCCACGGCCCUGUACACUUUCGCUGAGAGCUGCAAGAAGAAGAUAAGCUCCAGGGAAGAACUCAGUCUCAGCACCGUGGAGUUAAGUGGCACGGUGGUAAAACAGGGCUACCUGGCCAAGCAGGGGCACAAGCGGAAGAACUGGAAGGUGCGUCGCUUUGUCUUGAGGAAGGACCCUGCUUACCUGCAUUACUACGACCCUUCUAAGGAAGAGAACAGGCCAGUGGGUGGAUUUUCCCUUCGUGGUUCCCUUGUGUCUGCCUUGGAAGAUAAUGGCGUUCCCACUGGGGUUAAAGGGAAUGUCCAGGGAAACCUCUUCAAAGUGAUUACUAAGGAUGACACACACUAUUACAUCCAGGCCAGCAGCAAGGCUGAGCGCGCGGAGUGGAUUGAAGCUAUCAAAAAACUAACAUGACAGCACCCGCGGAACAGGGUCAGCUUCCUCCCGGGAGAUCCGGAUUUCCUGGAGAACGGGAGUGUGUGGGGACUUUCACUUUCGUACGUUUUGUACUGCUUUGGAGUGAGACUGCUGGAGUCCCUUGGAUCUGACGGCAGUGGUGCUGCCUCCUUCCCCGUCUUCAGAAUGUCUGCAGCGAGGAGAGGUGUGAACAGCCUGUCACCGUCAGCAGCUGGACUCCUGCCCACCCAACAGCCAUUCCUUGGCUCCUUCUGUUGGACGCUAACACUGGCCGCGCCGUAACAUUAGACCUAACUCUGGUCUCCUGCGGCUUUCUCUGAAAUGAUGUCAACAGCUUAACUCCUUUAGAAUGAAUAAAGACUGACAUUUAUUUUUGGCUAUUAGAA